UUAUUCUGCUCCUUCUCAAAGAUUACAGUAGUGACAGCCCGCAAAUGUCUGGCUACAAGUGUUGUGUUGCCUUCAAAACCCCUUUCAUAUAAAAAUUACAAGCCUAUUUUUCCAUGCAAACAGAUAAAAAUUGUUAAUAUUUUCUUAUUUGGCUGCAAUGUACUAUAAACAUAAUUUUAAUUGAUUAUUUAUUUAGAUUUUUGGAAUAAAUAGUAGCAAUCAUUGUUUAUAAUCUCUUUGAUUUGAACAAACCAGCUUUUCUUAAUUUUGCGAUAAAAGAUUUUGAAUUGGCAAACUUUAAUAAUUUUUUGGCAUUCUGUUUUUUUUAUUUUAACGCCGCGUUGUUACUUUUUCUUUAAGCGUCGUCAUGAAAUUUUGUUUUAUUCUGAUUUUUUCUGAUUUUUAAUUUUUUAGGGUAGCCAUGCCCAGAGCACAAUUUGAGUAUGAUGAAAUUGGAAAUACUUUUUAUUAUGUUAUUGUUUCAUUUUUUGCUGUUAUACUCCUCCCAUUGACACACUUCUUAUGGCCGUCACUUCCAAAGAGGAUAGAAUAUUUAAAGAGGGGAUGUAGAUGUGAAGGGGAUUUACAAAAACGUUACAAAAAAGAGCAAAUAAAACCUUGGGAAAAAGCUAAAUGUGUUAUUAAAGGAAUUAUUUUAAUUAUUUUGUGGAUACUUUUUAUUUUAUUGGCCUAUAAAGUUUCUCAAUUGGAACAACAAUAUGAAGAAUAUGACCCUUAUAAAAUUUUGGGAAUUGAUAUUGAUUCUGAUGUGACAGAAAUUAAGAAAAAAUACAGAGAACUUUCAAAAACACACCAUCCAGAUAAAGGUGGCGAUCCAGUAACUUUUGAUGCAAUUGUUAAAGCUUAUAAAGCAUUAACUGACGAAGAAUCCAGAGAGAAUUGGCGUCUUUAUGGAAAUCCUGAUGGGCCAAAAGCAACAACAUUUGGAAUUGCUUUACCGAAAUGGAUUGUUAGUGAACAAUACGGGAAUUGGGUUCUUGCAUUGUAUACUUUAGUUUUUAUGAUUGUUCUUCCAGUUGGAGUGGGAAUGUGGUGGUAUAAUUCAAUAAAAUAUAGUGCUGAUAAAGUUUUAUUAGAAACAUCUAGACUUUUUGCCCAUUUUUUGCAAAAGACUCCAAACAUGCAAAUUAAUAGAAUUAUAAUGGUUUUGGCUGGAUCUUUUGAAUUUUGUAAAAAAUUAAAUACAGAAAUUGUUGAACGAGAAAGUGAUGACAAGGAAAUUCCAAUUGUUAUGAGAGAAUUGAAAAAUUUAGGAGAAAAGAGGAAGGAACAAAUUCUUUCUUUGCCGUGGAGUAUAAAGGCAAGAACUUUGCUUCACGCCUAUUUGACUAGAGUUACGUUGCCUUCCGAGCAUUUAAUGACUGACCAAAAUUACAUGGUAAACAAAUCUUUAAUUUUGACUGAAGAAUUUCUUCGCAUUCUUCUUCAAAUGAUGCAAUGGCCAAUGCAAAGAACACCAACUAUCGAUUGUUUAGAAAAUUCCUUACGAAUAUUUCCAAUGAUGGUACAAGCACUUUGGCCGAGAAACAGUAAUUUGCUUCAACUUCCUCAUCUUGCUGAAAGAAAUUUGGCCAUACUGAAAAGAUAUCGGGUAAAUACUUGUCAGGAUUUGGCUAAACUAAAUGAAUCAAAAAGACGUUCAUUGCUCAAUACAAUCACCUCUGAUCAAUAUGAAGAUGUUAUUUAUGUUCUUUCAAUGAUGCCAAGAUUGGAAAUUGAAACAAAAGUUGAAGUCCAAGGAGAGGAUGAUAAGGAAACUGUUACAAUUGGCUCUGUUGUUACUUUAAAAGUUACACUUACUAGAUUUCCUCUUUUGGACUUGGAAAAACGAAAGGAGGAAAUUGCAGAAGGGAUAAAGAAAGGAGCAGCUUUACAACUUCAACAGGAGUGGGAAAAGUCCAUUGAUGAUAAUCGAGAUGAAGAAGAUGGACAAAAACAAAAUAAACGAAAAGUCUGGGAAAAGCAGCCAAAGAAAAAGCCAAAGAAAGGGGGCAAACCGACACAAAAGGCACCACCUCAAAAACAAAAUAUGCCAAUAAAUGAGCCAAGCGAGGAGACAAAUACAAAUGUUGAGAAAACAGACAAAGAAAUAACAGAUAACAAUCAAAUCAAACCUAUUGACAAAAAACAAAAUAAUUCUGAUCAAAGUGAUGAUUUCGGAAGCGAGUCUGAUGAUGAAACUGUUUCUGGUAAGAAUGAAGAAAAUGAAACUAGUGAUAGAGAAUCAACGGAACAUCAAGGAGGUAAAUAUGGAGGGCCUUCUUCUAGUGACGAUGAUGAUUGGAAUGAAAAUGACGAACUUGAUGAUGAUUUUGUAACAAAAAAGGAAGUUUUGUUAGAAAGUGAACCAACAAAUUAUCACGAAGUUCAUUGUCCUUACUAUCCUGGUGAUAAAUAUGAAUGGUGGUAUGUAUAUUUGCUUGAGAGAAAAACUCGAAAAUUUGUUACGUUGGUUCCUUGUAAGACACUUGAUAAAGAAAAGACGUUGGAUCUACGUUUUGCAGCUCCUUCACAAAAAGGCAACCAUUUAUAUACUUUACAUGUCAGAUGCGAUUCUUAUAUGGAUUUUGAUUAUUCAGUUGAUGUUAAAAUGGAAGUGCAUCCAGCAAGAGAGCCUCCACAAGUUAAAUAUCACGAUUCGGAAGAUGAGGCUGAUUUACAGGAAAAAUUGGAUUCAUCUGAAGGGGAAUAUACAGAAGGGUCAGAUUCGGAACAAGAAAAAUGA